AUGAUUCCAGGUCCUAAACUUCAGCAUGGAAAUCUUCAUUCCGAUGGACUGAUCUACUACGCCAGAGCUAUACAAGAGGCUCUGAACAUUGCACCAUAUAUUCAGUUCCACAUUUGGCUGGGAAUGAUUGAGAGCUCGGAACUUGAAACUACUCAAAUGGGUGACUUGUCUCCUUUUGCACGAACUGAGUUCCUUGACCCAAGCGAAGACCGAACGGCAAAGAUUGAUCUUUUUGGGACCUGGGAUGCAUGGGAAAUCAUUCGAACAACCUGCAAACACCACUCCAGGUUACUUGUCGCUCUCGCACUUCCAAAACAUCUUCCGAUCCUGCAAGUCCAAACAAGGUGGUAUUCUGAACCUGUCCACCUAUUGACAAUCGAUGGAAUGACUUUCAUCAAGAAUCAGAAAGGAUAUCCUGUCUUGUCUAAGGCCCAUCAGGCCCUGAUAGCAAAGUUCAUGAGACUUCGUACGCCACCAUGGAUUCUGCUUUGUGAUGUGGGCCCCAUUCCUGGCCUUGAGAUAGAUGAUGAACCCCAGUCGGGGGCUUCUCCAGCAGAUAAAGCCGAUUUCCCUACCAUAGCGCAGACUAUGUCUCAGGCGAAAAAGCAUCAAGAUCCUACACCUCAUCUAUCCUAUAUGAGAAACCUGCAACAGCGCCAACCCCCUCGCACUCCCAUUGAACGAUUCGGCACUGGAUAUCAAGAUUAUUUGCAAGCACCCCUGCAACCCUUGACAGUGAACUUGGAGAGUAUUACCUACGAGGUGUUUGAAAAAGACCCUAUCAAGUAUGCAUGGUAUGAGCGAGCUGUCGCAAAAGCUCUGAAUGACUGGAUGGAGCAGAAGAAACCCACAUCAGGCCCAGAAGGCAAAGUAGUUGUUGCUGUUGUGGGUGCGGGACGUGGCCCUCUAGUAACACGUGCUCUGCGUGCAAGUGCAGAAACCGGAGUGAAGAUCGAGAUGUGGGUUGUUGAGAAGAACCCGAAUGCUUUUGUUCUACUCCAACGCCAUAACGAGAAUAUCUGGGGCGGUGUUUGCAAUUUGGUCAAAUCGGAUAUGCGAAGCUGGAAGGGGCCUCAUAGAGCCAUCGAAAAUUCACCAAAUUCGGGUUCCGCAGCAUCGGUCAGGCAUACACCUAUUGACAUCCUCAUAUCCGAGCUGCUAGGCUCUUUUGGAGACAACGAGCUCUCGCCAGAAUGCUUAGAUGGAGUGACGCAUCUACUCAACCCAGGUCACGGCAUUUCUAUCCCAGCAUCAUAUUCGGCACAUUUGACUCCUAUUGCCGCGCCAAAGCUAUACGCCGACAUAUGUGGCCAGCGGAUAUCCAACCCUGCCGCACCGGAAACGCCAUAUGUAGUCAUGCUCCAUGCCAUUGAUUACUUGUCUACGACAUCACCACCUGGAGGAUCCGCGACUGGCCACACAGCUCAACUCAGUAGCAGCGUUGGUAGUACACACAGCGCAGUCGGAGCCAGAAACUCAACGUCAACUCCACCUCCAAUCUUUGAAGCUCCGACUCCUAUCGUACUCCCAACGUGGUCCUUUUCGCACCACAAUCCCAAUAUCCCUCCUCAGUCAACGACUUCAUCUAUGAUUGCUAACGAGCAUAACGUUCGUCAAACCCGUCUUGCGUUCCCGUGCCAGAAUCGCGGCGUCUGUCACGGGUUGGCCGGGUACUUUGAGACUGUGCUUUAUGGUGAUAUUGAGUUAUCGACUAAUCCAGUGACUAUGGAUGCCAAGAGUUCUGGGAUGAUUAGUUGGUUCCCCAUAUACUUUCCACUCAAGACUCCCCUCUAUGUCCCUGACAACGGCGAAGUCGUCGUAACAAUGUACCGACAAACCGACAACCGCAAAGUCUGCUGCAGCAAGUCCACAACGAAGCACUACGCCGAUAAUGAUGAGCGGAGGGCUAAGAAAUGUUCCUAUGGCCGCUAA